UAUCACGGAAGGCAUAUUUUAACCUCCGCCCAAUGCUGGGACUUGUUCUCCGCCUCCUUUUCCCGUGCUUGAUCCAUUGCCUCCAGCUUUUGUCUCCGUGGCCGCUCUAGGCAGAUGCUGGGAGCUUCUGGAGAAGGGAGACCGGGGGUGGCGUCGGUACCUACGACAAGGAGGCUAGCGGGCAAGAGGGUCACGGACUGCGGCUGAGGGGCGGGCUCGAGCGCGCGGGCAUGAUGCUUCCCUUCGGUCCUCGCCUCCUCCAACUCGGCCGGCGGCCAGCCGGCCAGGCCACGCGGGGCUAGCCAGCGCGGCGCUGCGCUGCGCCCAGCGGCCGUGGGGCCAGGCCAGUCGGAGGCGCGACGCUGGGCGGCGCCGCUGAGGGACGCCUAGCGGCUCGGCGCGGCUGCGACCGGCAGUUGGAGAAGGCGCGGCGGUUCCUUCUCGGCGGGUCCUCUUUCGUUUUAUCCUCUUGGCCUGGCAGGCAGCUCAGCGCAAAGCGGCGUGGUGGCCCGGCGUCGCGUGGUGGCCCGGAGGCUCCUCUUCUUCCAUUGUCCUCCACUUGGGCUCGGCGCAGCACGAGACGAGCACGGGUGUGGCGGCGCGAGCCGCGCUCACAGCCGGGGCCAGGCUGAUCGUGAUGGACCGAGAAUGCUCUUCUGCUAGAGGUUGGUGCGUGAAUCUGCUAGAGGAUAUUUUUGCAAAAGAUCUGGAAUUUGCCACGAUCUCGUCCGCGGAUCCGAUCGGACGGUCCGGUAAAACAGUUGACGUGGCCACGGUCUCCUGUUGUUUUGAUCCGUGAAUCGUAUUGUAAGAUUUUGCGACAAGGGAGUAGUAGCCUCUAUCGUCCGCGGAUCAGCCCACGGUGCGAGGAGGGACCACGCGGAUUGGGCCGAAAGGCCGAGUUAGCCAAGCCUCGUACAUUCGCCGCCACACAACUCCUUCUUCGGAGGACUCACUCCUCACUCCUCUCUAAAAAAACAACCCACCGGAUCUAGGGUUUCCUUCCCAGGCUCAGGAGUCAGGGCGGUGCCGGCGGCGAGGAAGAAACUUGCUUUUGCCGUGCGAAGAUGGAGAAUACGGCAGCUCCUGAGGCGAGAGUGUAUACUAGGCGCAAAGGUGACGGAAAGCUGGUGAGUUUGUCGGGAGCCAAGGAGAUGACGCGGCCGUGCUGGGAUAGGAUGAAGGCGGAAGAUGAUGAGAAAGAUUCGCUCAAGCCGUUGAUGAAAAAAAAGGCGUUGAUGAAGAUGUACUUUGGGCUUUUUGCGGAUGAAGUCGAAGAGAAUUUUUUGUUGUUGGACUGGAUGACACAAAUCCGUUUGGGUGAUGAGCACGCAUCGGAAUCUCGCCUGUUGAAACAAGCGGAGGCGGCGAAAACGGAUGUCCCCGAGACGAUGGAAUCUGACUAUGAAGCCUAUACAGCUAGCACGUUUCGCGAUGAUUGGAUGGCUGUUUGGUCCCGCAAGUUCGGCUGUUUCGAAGACACCAAUCUCCAACCGCGCACAUCCAGCGAAGCUCCGCCCAAUGCGUUUUACCGAUAAGCCCGCACCCAGUUAUGGCGCCUUCCCCAUGAGCGCUCUGCAAGUGUUUUCAGUCAGGGUUGAAGGAAUCAGAAGGGGCUUGCAGUGGCCGCUUGAUGUGUUUGGUAUUAUCGCCGUGCGCGACACCGUCGACCUCAACCGCAACAUCAUCUUCAGCCGCACGAGGGACAAUUGCCAGACACUCACCAAGGAGGAUCGAAAUUUAGCACUGGUAGGUCCAAGCCGCGCCGUUGUGUGGCAAGAUCAUCUGUACAUCGAGGUUAAGCUGACGGUGAAGGGGCCUACCGAAUCCGAGGAUAAAGACUUGAGCUUUCUAGUUGUGCCAUUUGCAUGUGGUAAUGCGGCAUACUCAUAUCACAAAUAUAGUUACAGAACCAGCAAGCUUAGUACGGUGAGGCUUUCACUUGGUCCUAUUGUUGACUCUGUGGAGGCCACAAUAUUUGUGCGAGUCAGUGAUGGGUCAUGGCCAGAUGGUUUCCGUGCCCAAUUCGCUGCAUUUACCACUGGCAUUCGUCGCAAGAUAGCCCCUAGCAUUGAUCACAAGAAGAUAAUCUUGCUUGAUUCUGGAAGCAGAAAAGUGCCUUUUAAUGCUGGAGGGAUCGAGCUUUCACGGCGUGUCGUUUCGGUUGAGACUACUGGGAAGCUGAGAGUCUGCAUCAAGGCGUGGAAGAUUGUGGAAAGUGCUAAGAAUGCUGUGAAGGAUGAGUUAUUUUUCACACCCCAGGAAGCGGGGAGAAGCUCUGGUUUGCUUGAUGCUGGCUUUUGUAAGAUGGAAGUUACCGUCGCCUGGUCCCUCAUUACCUGUGAUUAAUAGUGUGACGAGUGACCUGUCAUGAAGAUACCGCUGAUGGAAGUUACAAAAGCUACAAGUUAUGGGCACUUGGAAGUUCUUGCAGAGUUAUGGUUAUUUUAGUUUUUUGAAACUGGUAUUUAGCACUUUGUUCUAGAGGGGUAUGUUAAUGUUAUUAUGAUCCUGGUGAGACUACCAGCAGAAAGCUGCAAGUUUCUGUUCAGGCUUGCGAGGCCCGGGAAGCAAAUAGCAAUAAUGCUGCAGAAGACGGGGGUUUUCACACCGAAAGAAACCAAUUAGAACCCAUGGCAUGCAUGAUUCAAGGCUUAUAAGAUGGAUGCAGACGCAUUUAUAAGUUAUACUGCUUAGAAUCUUUCAAAAAAAAAAGUUAUACUGCUUAGUGAUCUGUUAUCAAACUCUUAGAGUUGGCAUUGCAGCUAUUGCUUUUGAAAUGGUAUUUAAAGUUAUGAUGUGAUUUCGAUGUGA